AAUCCUCCAAUUUGAUUGGCCGAGCGGGAAUUUCGAAAAUAUACUCAUCCUUUACAAAAACUAACAAUUAGAGAUGGGUAACAGUAAUGGCCAUCAAGCUGAGAGUGUGACUACACCCAAGUCGGAUGGUAGAAGUCGCAUUUUGACUUUAGAUCCAAGAUCCCCAUCAGAGGAGAUCUCAAGGACACCUAUUGUUGUGAACAAGACUCCUGAGGGAGCACUGCAUGAUCCGCUAGAUCCCAGGUCCCCUACUGUAGGGAUCGAUCGCACACCACUGGCACCUUUGCAAAGUGCAAAAAAUGCUGCACCAGAGAUUGAAAACGUUGAACUUCAUACAGAGGAGCAUGAGGUAGAUGAUGACAAUGUGGUAAAUGAGACUGAACCUCUGUGUGAGUGUGAGGAUAAGAAUAAUCUUCCAGGAGUCAUCGAUACCCUUGGUGUUACUGGUAUAGAGGAUAUCUCAUUGGAAGAUUUUCCCAACUGUGAGUCUACACGAUUGGUCCUAGAUGAACAGAUGAUGUUAGAUGUUACUGAUAAGAUCAGAUUGAAGAAAAAGAAAGUGAAAGCAGCACAGCCCAAGGAGUUGUUCCCAAUUAAAAAUGCUGCAAACACAAAAGAGAACACACGCUCGCCAUUAUCUACUAGAACUGUCGAUAUGAACUCUCCGGCAAAGCUUGUACAGAGAAAACAGAUCAAAGAUCUUGAUAAGAAAAUGACAUGUGCCCAGGAGAACUCUUUGUCCAGGUUUAUUGUGAGGGACAAGGAGAAUAUGUGAAACAUUGCUUUUCUUUCCACCAUGGAGCUGUGUUCAUUUUGUACUUCCAACUCUCUUUCUCUCUCUGUGUCUUACUCUCCAUCAUGAAGUCAUUUACACAUUCCACAUUUAAACAUUAAAUCAGUGUUUGAAAACUUGUUGAACUCCGGAUUCCCAAGAUUUUAAAAUUGAAAAUGGAAGCUAGUCCCCAAAUAUUCAAGCAUGUUGCUCACAAACAGUCAGUUGCUUGACAGUUUAAGACCAGUCUUAGACUUAAAAGUUUUAUUUGAAAAUUCUAAUAGGCUUGUUUCUGUAUCACGUUAACAUGCAUUGAAGUCAGUGUUUUUGUUGCAACCAAGAAAGAGCGCUACUAUAUUUAUCUACUGUUAUAAUACAGCUUAAGGGCAUAUUAGAAUCGAAAUAAUAUUUAGCAAAAUCGUGUUUUACCUAAAUUAAUACAAUGUACACUCAAAAUCAGUUACACAUUGCCAGAAUAAUUCACUUAUGCUACGCCCUCGUGAGACUAUUCCAUGGACUUGUAAUUUCUUUGAAUAACAUUUAAACACGAGUUUUUUAUACAUUAUUUCUUAAUUGGGAACUAGUAAAUAGUAUAGAGUUGUGAAUAGAUAGUUUGUGAUAGUAUUGAAAUGUCAGGGUGACGAACAAGGUAGUCAUUACAUUAGCAGUCAUGUACCUGCUAACAUAAUUUGAGCCGCACUAUGAAAAAAUCAACAUAGUGGCUUUGCAACCAGCAUGGAUCCAGACCAGCCUGCGCAUCCACACAGUCUGGUCUGGAUCCAUGAUGGUCGCAAAGCCACUAUGUUGGUUUUCUCAUGGCACGGCUCAUUUUGAAUGUUAAAAUUUUCACAAGCAUUGCCAUAGCUUGAAACAUGUAUACUCAGGUUCAUAAAGAUUGAGAUUUCACCCCUCCAAUCCCAUAGUAAAAAGUGGAAAAUCUUUCAUAAUAGUUAACAUUUUCCGAAGGACAGCCUUUCAUCUUUUCAUAUUUUAAUAGUGUUUGCUUUAGAAAUGGUGCACUGUAUCUUAGUAUAAUUAUAAAUGCUUUGCAAGGUAUUGUCUGCUGAUACUUUGACUUAGUGAUAUUAUAAGUUCUGUUGUAUGCAGGUUAUCUUGGGUGGUAUUUAUGUUGAAAUGUAGAAGUUAUGUGAUUAAAUUGUGCCAGUAUGACAUGCUCUUGUUUAUCAGGCAAAAGUUGUAUUCCCAAUAGUUCUCAGGUUGUCAUUGUGGGUUAAAACCCCAAUCAAGCAACAUUUUUUAUUAUCCUUUUUUUUCUUUUUCAACUUUUAGAUAAUUUUUAAGGUUUGAAGUAAAUAUGAAAUUAAACCCAAGCAUAAAAAUCUGAUAGUAGCUUAUUUAAAAUCUGAGUCUUUAAAAUCCACAUGGUAAACAUCUGCGAAUUUUGCUUUCAAGAGUGGGUUGGUGGAAUGGGGUGCAUAUUGAGUGCAUUUUUUUCAGAUAAGAUGUUUUAAUAGUAACUUUCAGAACUUUUGAUUAGGAUAGCAUUUCUGUUAGAUAAUAAUUUCAUUUUCACAAUAGAUUUCAGUAUAAAAGCAUGACAGUGAUGUUCUUACUCUAGCGUGUGCUUAUAGUAAGUAUUUACAGUUUUUAUUCGUUUCCAUCAGAUUGCAUUAUUAUUACAUUAUCAGGUGUCUGUCAACAUUUCUUGAAUGAUUAGUGUUAAAAAAGAAGUGGUCAUAGUAUUUAUGAUACAAUGUAUAAUUGUUAUCUCGAUUUGGUGAUUCUUAGCUCAACAAAACAAAGUAUAUGGAGUGCUAUUCUACUCGCUUCCGUGUCUGCGUCACCACCUUGGUUAAAGUUUUGAUGCACUUUCACUCUAUCUCUGUUACUACUUCAUGAAUUUUCUUCAGACUUACGGUAGAUACUCCUCAUCACUACAAACUUCAUAUGAUACAAGGGCCAGAACUCUUGCACCAGUGUUUCAUGAUUCACCUUCUUUUCACUGAAAAUUUCAGGUUAAAGUUUUGGUGCAUUUGCAGUCUAUCUGAGUGUGUUAUUAUUAUGCUUCCCUUCGAAAAAUUUGCUAAUGUCUGUCAGUCUGUAGACCAGUCGGUUUCUGGAUGAUAAUUCAAGAAGGCUUAAGCCUAGGAUCAUGAAAGUUGAUAUGGAGGUUGGUCAUGACCAGCAGAUGACCCAUAUUGAUUUUGAGAUUAAUAGGUCAGGUCUAGGUCACUGUGACCCAGAACAGUUAAACCAUUUCCAGACAAUAAUUUGAGGAUGCUUUGGCUUAGGAUCACAAAACUUAAUAGGGAGGUUGAUCUUGACCAGCAGAUUACCUCUAUUGACUUUGAAAUCAGUGGGUCAAAGAUUAAGGUCACAUUGACCCAAAACAAUAAAACAAAUUCCAGACAAUGUUUCAUUUGGCCAAGGAUUAUCUAAUUUGAUUGGUCAUGACCAGUAGAUAUGAGCCCAAUUGAUUUUGAGGUCAGUGGGCCAAAGGUCAAGGUCAUAUUGACCCAGAACAGUAGAAAAUAUGUUGCCAUAUAGCUAGAGAAUGCUUUGGUCUAAGAUCACAUUUGAUACAUAGGUCACUUAGAAGUGGUAAAUGAACCAUAAUUAUAGAUUUGAGGUCAGUACAUGUACUUUGAGUGUCCAGUGCACACGUCAGUGCUUCCACCCAAUACCAUCAACCCUUUCACUAUCCAUAACAGUGGUGGGGGAUAUAACUGUCUUUCAGACUGCCUUGUUACGAGUUAUGCCCUUUUUAUCUAAAGGCACUGACCUCCAGAUUUUGGCUAAAAAAUGAUUCUUUAAAAUUGAAGUACAGCAAAAUGCCGUAGUUGGGAAUUAAACCUGGGCCGCCAUGGCAAUAAAACACUUUCCUGCAUUCAUGACCAAUACACUUCAGAGGAAUGCAUAUUUAUUCAAAGGCAGAACAGUUAAUAAAUCAAAGAAAUCACUGUUUAUUAUUUUGAUUACAAAAUGUUUUACAUUCUGUUAUUGAUCAUAAAACAUAUAAGGUAACAUUAAUCAUGUGUGGAACAUAGUUUGCAAUGUUUUCUCAUGGUUGUCUCCAUUGAUUAUUGGAACCAUAUAGAAUAUUUCAAAUUCCACUCGGCCACAAAACAGAGGCUUUGGAUAAAUCGGAUCAAUAUUGCAAUUGCAGCAUACACUGUACAAUUGUCACAUACUCUUUAUUUAUUGCUGCUCAUUGCAAUUAUCUCUGCUACUUUAAACUUCUAUACACCACACUAAUGCUGUCUAUAUGCUGCUUUGAGCUUGCAUUAUACCACACUAAAGCAACCAAUAGAAUGUAUAUUAAUCUGAACCAUUCAAAUGCCAAAGAUAUUUUCUUUGCACAAAAUUGAAUCUACAGUCGAGACUGUUUUAAGAGACCGACUUUGGGAAGCAGCAAAGAAGGUCACAUAUGACAGGGAGUCUCUUAAAACAGUCUCACAUAACUGGAUGACGCUGGUUUCAUAUAUUUUUCCAGUUAAAGUACAUGUAUAUCGGAUACUUACAUAUAGGCCUCUUUUAAGGUAGGAGUGAAAAAUGAUUAAAUACUAUUUCUUUAAUUGCAUAUUGAUAAAAUAUAAAUUUCAAAUAAUUUGCAUCAUUCGUAUGAUGUUGAUAAAACAAAUUUAAGCUCAUUAUCUGGCAAGAAAAUAAAGGGGAGCAGUAAAAUAUAAAUGUUCCAUUCGAACUAUUUUACACACUGAGAUUUAUGAUAUUUAUAUUUUUGUGUAUUAAUGGUUCAUUGACAUUUGUUCGUUUAUUGACUGCAUCUUUAAUCCGUGUUUUUUUCGUUGUUUCCUGUUAAAUACCGCCAUCUUUUUGUUUCAUCAGGAACAUUGUUAAUUUAUGCACCGACUCCGAAUUCUUCAGCGACUUUAUACGCUGGUUUUCUCCAGUCAAUUCAAGUGCAUUAACACGCUGUUCUAAUGUCAAAACAGUUCUUUUUUAUGUUUUUCAUUGGCAAUUUUUGGUAAACAAGUAAGUUCUCGUCACAAACAACUUCACGCGAGAUAACGAACGGUAACUCUAUCGUGUAAAAUCUUGUGAGGGAACGUCUCAAAGUCGCUGGAAACGGUCUGAUAAUCGAUUCGGGAGCCUGAUUUCACAGUCGCUUGUCGCAUAAGGCAGGGGGUUGCUUAAUUCAGACUCUUUUAAUAGUAAAUUGCGUCUGGAGCAUAAAAUAGGGUCGCAUAUGACAGGGAGUCGCUAAAUUCAGGGGGUCGUUAAGGCAGUCUCGACUGUAUUUUCAACACAAAAUCAGAGAACUGGGAAACACCAGCCCGCCCCACAUUAUGUUAUUUUCUGUGAGGGACCAAGUCGAGAGAGUGGAUGUGUCCCAGUUAAUAAAUUAAAUAUAGUGAUAAUAAAUGUUGCAAAAUGUGAAUUUAUGUAUAGAAAGAAGCCAGGAAUUCUACCUCUGCCCAAUGACAGAUUAGAUUUUUCAGCCACAGCAAAUUGUUUACAAUUUGACCUCCUAAAUUCUAACUACUUAUCUAAACCUUUGGUCUUGGCAGCAUGCUGUAUAAUGAAAAUUGAAAUUGCAUCUGUUAAUUGCAACAGGUACAUAUCAUUACCUACAUCAGAAAGAUGUACGUUAUCUUGCCGAUAGAAACUUGGCAUCUCACAACUGAUUUCCUUUAUUGACCAGUACUCUCCCAAGUGGAUUGUCAAGUACAAAGUUUUUUAUCUGUCAAUUCUCUUAUGUUUUGAUCCAUCAUUAAUGAAUUGAGGGUGUUAGGGGUACCCUUGUCCUUGGGGCAACUAUCACCUCUUGUUCUACUUGAAGCAACCGUUGCCAUUUCUGUUGUCCUUGGAGCAACUGUCCCAGCUGUUGUUCUUUGACCAUCAAUAUCUGUAUCUGUGCUGGAAACAUCACAUACUUCAAGCGAGAAUCUCCUUCAUUUUUUGUUAUCUAUAACUGCUUGGGUCUUCUAACUGUAUUCCAUUACUACUGUUUGCAGAUCAAAUUGCCCCUUCAACUUUUUUCAAAUCGAUAGAGUUGCACGUUUACGUCACAGAAACUGUGAAGCUUGAGCUGUUUUUGGAGUUAACCCCGCCUCGCCCACAAUAAAUUAUUCAUUCACCUUGUGAAACUUUUAUUCUUUAUCUUGACGUCACACAAAGCUCUGACUCAGUCUUUGAAGUAUUGCCGUACCUGCAUACAUUGUAAAAUGCAAUAAGGUGAUAAUGGAUAUGUUUUAAAAAUAGAAUAUAGAAUAGUUCAACUACGUUCAAAUGAAAACAGCACUUUUUGUUUGUUAUGACAAUUAUUAUCGACAAAAUUUCCGACCACGCAAGGUAUACAAGGUUUUAUAGAAAGGUAUCUCGUUGAAUCUUCAAGCUACGUAACACUUGUAGAUUCAUAAACACUGAUUUAUUUGAUAUUCAAACUUUUGCAGAGUCUUCUGUAGCUUAACUAUCGCAAAUCUAACUCCAUUUUAGAUCUAGUUUUAUUUUUAUUUUAUUGGUGGGGUUUACAUGUAUGUGAAUUUAUCUACUAUUUAUUUGAAGUCGUUUAAACACUAUUUCAGUUAUUUACAUACAGGCAAUUGAUAAGCCUUGUCUUCGUUCAUUGAAAGAACCAUUUAUAGACUGACAUAAGUCAAAAUAGUUCCAUGUUUUGUUUGUUAUACGCCCGAAGGGACGUAUUAUGUUAUGACGCUGGUGUCUGUCUGUCCGUCCGUCUGUCCGUUAGCAAUUUUGUGUCCGCUCUGUAACUCUUGAACCCCUUGAAGGAUUGCAAGGAAACUUUACACAAAUGUUCACCACACCAAGACGACGUGCAGAGCGCAUGUUCCGGAUGUCUCGCUUCAAGGUCAAGGUCACACUUAGGAGUCAAAGGUCAUAUCAGUUUGUUUCGUGUCCGCUCUGUAACUCUUGAACCCCUUGAAGGAUUUCAAAGAAAUUUGACACAAAUGUUCACCACACCAAGACGACGUGCAGAGCGCAUGUUCCGGAUGACUUGCUUCAAGGUCAAGGUCACACUUUAGGGGUCAAAAGUCAUAUCAGUUUGAUUCGUGUCCGCUCUGUAACUCUUGAACUGCUGGAAGGAUUUUAAAGAAACUUGGCAGAAAUGUUCACCACAUUAUAACAAUGUGCAGAGCGCAUGUUCCGGAUGACUCGCUUCAAGGUCAAGGUCACACUUAAGGGUCAAAGGUCAUAUCAGUUUGUUUCGUGUCCGCUCUGUAACUCUUGAACCCCUUGAAGGAUUUCAAAGAAAUUUGACACAAAUGUUCACCACACCAAGACGACGUGCAGAGCGCAUGUUCCGGAUGACUUGCUUCAAGGUCAAGGUCACACUUUAGGGGUCAAAAGUCAUAUCAGUUUGAUUCGUGUCCGCUCUGUAACUCUUGAACUGCUGGAAGGAUUUUAAAGAAACUUGGCAGAAAUGUUCACCACAUUAUAACAAUGUGCAGAGCGCAUGUUCCGGAUGACUCGCUUCAAGGUCAAGGUCACACUUAAGGGUCAAAGGUCAUAUAUGACUUUGCUUUGUGUAUAUUGCUCUGCAUUGCAGUGCUCUUGUUUUUAUUUGGCAGGUCUCUUUUUUGUACUUACAAUAAAAAAAUUUUUAAUUACUUCCCUUUUAUGUUACUAUAAAUAGCUUAUUUUGAAACUUUUUUAUUAUUGGCCGUAGGGAAAAACCGAGACUACUUUUCUGUGGUACAACAUGGAUGGUACCUCCAAUUUUAAGGUGUAUUUUUACAUACCUGUACCUGAUAAGGAUUUUUUUGUAGACUUCGAAUAUUUUUUUGUGGACUUAGAUUUGUUUUUUGAAGUUUUCGUUUUGUUGUUCCAGUCCUUUGUGGCUACAACAGUCAAGUUCUUAAAAUUUUGCUCCCAUCCUAUGAUGUAAGCCUUCGGGCGUAUAUUGCCCCGCUUGGCGGCGCUCUUGUUUUAUAUUUGUAAUGGUCACUCUAAAAGGAACAAAAUAAAUGAGGAUAAAUAACACCACACCGUCAUUUAAAGUCAUUGGUUUUAUUGCUUACACAUUACGUGUAACAUUAAUCAUGUUAAGGGGAAUUAUGAUAACUUUUACAUAAAUUAAUGAGGAAUUUAAUCUCCCCUUUUGAUUAGUCUAAAUAAUGAGACCUCGGGUAGACCGAUUUUACAUUUCGAAAUUUUACGUUGUCUACCUAAAGUGGAUAUCGACCAGUCAAAAAAUAUAACGAUAUUCAACUCUUGAGUAUAAUUAUUUGGACUACCUUUUGAUACAUGUAAGUUUUAUUUGAAUUUAUCUCAUAUUCGCAACAAAUCAGCAUCUAAACCCAAAUCUAGCGAUGACAAUUUCUUUCGAGUAGAGAAAAUAACUCGUAACUGUUUCCUAGGAUCGCGUCAAAAUAGUUAGACUAAGACUCACAUAUUCCGUAAGAAAUUGCUGACUUUUUUCAACUAAAGAGGCAUGGUCGGUUCCGGGAAUCGAACUUAUGCCCUUAAUUCAAUCAAUGAUGAGCGAAUCCAACAUCUCGAGUCGGUCAUGUUUUAUAAUUAUUGUGAAAACUAAACACGAGAUACGUUAUUUAAAAGAAAAGUCUGUAGCAAAAGUUACUGAAAUUUAGGCAGAAAAAAGGCCUGUAAUGUAUCUAUAUAAAAGGGUGUCUUUUUUCACAUCCACGCUACCUAAAGGUAGUGUGCAUUGUGGCAAGAUUCAUUUAAAUUUUAAAUGAAGAUUAGAUCUAGUACAUCUGUUACAAUCUGGUUAAACACCCUUUCGAACAGUAUCUAAAUCAUCAUUUCUCGGUCAUGCAGCCAAUGUAAACAAGUUCAUUCAGUAUUUUUUACUCGUAUCGGAAAGGCGGAGUUACCUGUAUAGACGAGUUCCAAAAAUAGCUUCAGCAUUGCUGCUUUUGUGACGUAAAGGUACAAGUCUAUCAAUUUAAGAUAAGGCAAAAGGGAAGUUUGAUCUGCAAACAGUAGUAGGAAGACCAGUAACUUUCACUUAAACUUUUCCUUUCUUAAUGUCAAGUUAAGGCACUGCUUUUCAUGUCCCAGUAGCAUUUUCCCAGCAUGCUCUGUACUUCUGAUGUACAAGUUCAUGAAGUUCAUCUCGUUUGUUUUCCAUCUGUUCAGCUUUUGUACGAGCAUUGACACUGUUGAACAUACUUUUAAUUCUUUGUUCAUGAACUCAAGAGCAAGACUAGAACCAAUGGUGGUUGAGUCUAUUCUCCUCUUUGGUCCAGACCCACACCUCCAAAUUAAAAAUCUAUUGAUGACAGCACACAUUCCCUGAUCAGUUAUUUUCAGCUAUGUUUGAAUGACUUUUUCUCUGCUACAGCACUUAAAAGGAUCUGUCCUAAUGGCAGCAGCAGCUUUUGCAUAUUUAGACUUUUCUUCAGUUUGAAGUUGCCUCCAGCAUUUGCCAUAAAUGUUGGUAUAUCUACAGAGCCUUGUUCCAAAAUACUGACAAAGUACGAGUAAGCAUUUGGCCCACUGGUGUAAGAAGGGGCAGUUUUAGUAAGAGCGGAACCGUUUUCAGUUCUUGUCAAUUCAUGCAUCCACUUUUUUGCAAGAAACAGUUUUUGAAAUCACCACACAUCUCUUGCCUGCAUACUGCAUGCGGCUGGAUCAUGCUCUUUCAAGUUUGGCAACUUCUUUCUACUCCUACUGAAAUUAAUAAGUAUAUUGAGCCACACCAUGAGAAAACCGACAUAGUGCAUUAAAUUUUGUGACCAGCAUGGAUCCAUGCUGUUCAAUUACAGUUUCUCUAAUUGCAAUAGGCUUUGAAAGCAAACAGAAUGGAUCCUGACCAGGAUGCGCAGGCUGGUCUGGAUGGAUCCAUGCUGGUUGCAAAUGCACUAUGUUGGGUUUUCUCAUGGUGCGGCUCAAUUAUUGAUUGUUGAAUAUAAGAUUUUAUAAUUAAGGCAGUACCGAGUUUCAAACACUUCAGUUCUGAUAUUUUUGUUGCUGUAGAUCUGUAGGUCAGUGCCUUUAAAUCUUGAAUGCUGAUUUUGAUACAUUUUCACUGUAUCUCUAAUUUGAUUCAAAUGUAAAAUAAUUGCCCACAUCAUCCCCCACAUCAAAUAACACAAGGGCCAUAACUGUUGCAGCAAUGUUUAAUAAAUCAUUCCCCUUUAUACAUUUAUAACAUUUCAGGUCAGAGUAUUUAUGCUCUUUCAUUACUAAAUGGACUUGAUUUAAACAUAAAACAGUUGUUCCAUAUUAUCACCCACAUCUUUUGACACUAAGGCCAUACUGGUAACUACUGUACUAAUUUUUCAUGAAUUAUGUCCCCAGUUUACUUAGAAUAAAACAGUUCUCCCACAUCAUUGUCCUCUUCAUAUGAAGCAGGAUCAAUAACUAUGACACAAAUAUUUCAUGAAUUAUGUCACCAGUUUACUUAGAAUAAAACAGUUCUCCCACAUCAUUGUCCUCUUCAUAUGACACAGGAUCAGUAACUAUGACACAAAUAUUUCAUGAAUUAUGUCCCCUUUUACUUAGAAUUUCAGUUUUUAUUUUGGUGCCUUUUCACCAUGGAUUUAAUUCAAACUUAAAAGCAUUUCCUUAUCAUCACCAACACUACAACAUAAGGUCCAUAACUGUGGCACCUAUAUUUUAUGAACUAUGUCCCCCUUCUUUACUAAGAUUUUCAGUAUAAAAUUGUGAUGUGCUUUUGCUCUAUAUCACAGAUUACUACGUGGAUUUGAUCAUUCAAAUUUGAAGUGGUUGUUCCAAAUUAUUAGCCUCAUGAUAUGACACAUGGAGCAAUACUCUUUCAGAAAUAUUCCAUGGAUUAUGUCCCUUUUAUACAUAGUGUUGAUAGAGUUUCACUCUAUCUCUGUUGUUACUAAAUACAUUAGCCAAAGAGUUCAAUGAUUGUCUAGUAUUGUCAUCCAUAUUGUCAUUAAACUCUCCAAUGAUAGCUCCAGCUUUUUCAGAUGUGUUGUAUUUCGCUAUUCAGCAUUAAGAGUAGUUAUGUGUGCUGUC